AUGUCUUGGGAUCAAGUUUCGUUCACCCUUCCGGCUCAUUCAAAAGGUUGUUACCUCAUCACAGACGAGGUCAUCCGCAAUGUUCCUCAGAUUAAAGAUUACAAAGUUGGCCUCUUGCACUUGUUCCUCCAGCACACUUCAGCUGGUUUGUCCCUCAACGAAAAUUGCGAUCCUGAUGUCAGAGAAGAUAUGGGUACAUCAUUAGAUCGUGUGGUUCCUGAAGGUGACUUUUACAUCCAUGCGGAUGAAGGUCCUGAUGACAUGCCAGGCCAUGUUAAGAGCUCGUUGAUCGGAGUCAGCGUAACAAUUCCUAUCCGCAAUGGUCGCUUAGCCACUGGUACAUGGCAAGGCGUAUACUUGUGUGAAUUCCGCAGGUAUAUGCACAGAAGAAAUAUCGUGGCUACGAUCCAGGGAGAAAAGAAGUAA